AAUCGAUCAGCUGUGAACUGUCAGAAAUGUGUAGUGAAUUUUUGAUGUUGAUUCGGUUAAAUAAUUGAAAAUGCUGUGUAGAUACCAAGAUUAUUGUGAUAGGUUUGAAUCAGUUAUGAUUUUAACAACAAUGGUGUAAACUGGAACUAAGUUGGAAGAUGAGUGGCGAUAUGGAGUGGAGAACAGAACAUUCUAGAACAACGCAUUUUGAAGCCUGCAAUGGGUGAUUAGAAUAGAUAGUAAAAUUCGCAAGAUGGCGCGUGGAGCAGUAUUCUUCCCGUGCGCGGGCGCAUCUAGUCAUAGAAUAAGCAGCAGUUUUAUGUAUAUCAUCGCUACCGUCUUGUUAUUAGGUCUACCGAGUGCACAUUCCCAGUUAGACAAGCUUUAUGUAGACAUCAGGGAUCUAAAUCUACUCGUGGAUGAGACACAUCUCUUCAAACUCGUACAAAUUGGCGAAUACAACACAACGAUCCAAGUGACCAGCCACAUCCAGCACCCGGACAUAGUGCAGUUCGUGCCACCCACCAUAGAGAUCCCGGGCUCUGAGAACCCCAAUACGACGGUAGAGCUCACUCACGACAUCUGCGCGUAUGGCAAAAGCCCUGGACACUCGGAGGUGACUUUCAAUGUGACGCCUGCUGGGUUUGUCAACAUGGACACUGUGUUCGUCCGGAUAACAGUAAUGCACUCCCACGCAAUCAACGUAAUCUCCUACAUCAUGGGGUGGAUCUACUUCGCGGCGUGGUCCGUCUCCUUCUACCCGCAAAUAUACAUAAACUUCAAGAGGCGCAGCGUAGUCGGCCUUAACUUCGAUUUCCUGGCUCUAAACCUCUUUGGAUUCACCAUGUACGCGCUGUUCAACUGCGGGCUUUACUUCUCUAAGGAAAUUCAGGCGGAAUACUUCCACCGCCACCCACGCAGUGUCAACCCGGUACAGCUGAACGACGUGUUCUUCUCACUCCAUGCUGCUUUCGCCACCAUCAUCACCAUCAUACAGUGCUUCGUGUUUGAGCGCGACGAACAACGCGUGUCGAACACUGGGCGUGGUAUCAUAGGGGUAUUCACCCUCGUUGUCAUAGUAACGGCCAGUCUGGGCGGCGCCAGCAAGAUCGAGUGGCUGGACUUCCUCUACUACUGCAGCUACAUCAAGCUGUGCAUCACGCUCAUCAAAUAUGUCCCGCAGGCAUACAUGAAUUACAAGCGGAAAUCAACCGUUGGUUGGAGCAUCGGUAACAUCUUCCUCGACUUCGUGGGCGGUUUCCUGUCCAUCCUGCAGAUGAUGCUGAACGCGUACAACUACAACGACUGGAUCUCCUUCUUCGGAGACGCCACCAAGUUUGGCCUUGGUCUCUUCAGUCUGAUAUUUGAUAUCUUCUUCAUCCUACAGCACUACGUCUUCUACAGACGAGGGAAACAGAUAGAGGUUGACAGUAGCGACGAGGAGCUAAGUAUGUUGGGCAACACGCGUAGUGUCGAAGGACGGGAUUACUAUUUAGUCGUCGAACACUGGCACGCGGACGAAAAGAAUAAGUAUGACCUGAAUGGCAAGGCGUGAUGGCUGCAAGGAGAGACGGGCAGAGUAGAAAAUUACAAGGCCUCGCCCACUAGGCUAGCAAAACCAAGCAUAACAUAGCAUGGGGUAAAUGACUCGGCCAAAAACAGCUUAUAGAAGAAAGACCAUAGAUCAAAAAACUUAUUUUCGAGUUUGAAUUAAGAACGUAACAAUAUGUUGGAAGCUGACCAUUUUUAUUGAUGACGUCACAGAUUGAAUUAAGAACGUAACAAUAAGUUGGAAGUUAACCGUUUUUAUUGAUGACGUCAUCGUUUAAAAAACCCAUACUCUUCGCGUUUUGAUGCUUUGAAAAUCAUUUAAUUUGACCGGGUUGUCAUUUAGACUAUUUCCUGGAUUUUUGACAAGGAAUUUUACAUCUAUGCUUAGUGCGUGAUGACCGUAGGUAGUCAAAUACUUUCGUCUAGCCUCGCUUUGGCUGCCGCAGCUAGCCUAGUCUGCAAUAGGCCUUAGGAUCAUAAGUAACACCGUCAAAUAGUUAAUCUUAUAUCUAACAUCAGCAUUUAGCUUCUAUAGAAUUACACACUGACUAUUAUAAUGGUUGGUUCCUGGUAAGUCGACUGGAAAAAAAAAAUAGUUCAUUUAUUGUUUAUGUUUACAGAAUUAACCAUUCGGAUCUUUCUCGAGAAAAUGUUGACGUGGUCUUUAAAACUGUGCCACGAAGAGUUACAUUCUGAAUUAUGAUUAUAAUAUACAGUAACAAUAUACUUGAGUGCUAUGAUGUCGCAUUAACUUUUUUCAAAAAUCGAAUGCAAACUCUCACUAAAAGUCAAAUUAUGUAGACAUGACGGGACUUUAAUGUACCUACAUAACACACAGGCCUAAAUCGAAUAUGUAUAUGUAAUAUUUUAGUAAAAAGUACGUUACAUAUACCCUGUAGCAAUGUAAUAUAAAUGUGUUUUGCGUCGAAUAAUUCCAUCCAAAUAUCUGGUGAAAAUUUAUCUAAUACGGGUGUUAUAUUAUGAAUAAUACCGUGUCCACUUUACGGUAAAAAAAAAAACAAUAACUAAAGCUGGAAGUAAAAAAUAAUAGAAAAAAUAUUGUUCGUUACUUUCAUGAUUCUCAUUUAAGUAUUAAAUUAACAAGGGACCCAAAUAUUUGAAUAAAAUAUGAAAAAUCCAUCUUCUAUGCAAAAUUUUAUAUUUCCAUUAUUUACCAUCUCAAAAACAACUUUAGAAAUAUGUUAUGUUUUGAACGAAAAUAUUAUUUAAUGUUAUUUUCUGUUAAACUAAAUUCAAAAUUUAGGUAUAUUUUAUAAUGUUAGUUGUUAUUUCUGAUUCAAGACUAUUUUAGCAAGUCUGUGUAUUUUUGGGCCCGGUGCAAAAAUAUUUAUUAUUUAUUAAAUAAACAUUUUGAAUAAAUUCGUAAAUAGUAGUACAAAUCGAUAAAUACUUACUAAAAUUAUGUUAAAAUUCAAAAAGGCAAAAUUUUAAGUUUAUUUAUUAAUAAUGAAUACUUAUUUAUAAUAAGUAAUAUUUUUGCAUUUGGGCUGUUUGUGCCUUAUUUAAUUGAUCUGUGAUGAUUCCACACAUUUUAUAUUAAAAUGUGUAUAAAAUCACUGAAGUUUUGAUUUCCACCCAAUUUUGAAAAAUAAUUUUAUACAAAUCCUUGUCCCGUCCUUUUUUUCUAAUAUAAUUUUAAUAAACAAUCAUUUUUUUUAAGUUAUCGAAAAAAUAAACGUAAAUAUUAUGUUAAGUACUAAAUGCAAUUUAUUACGAAAAGAACAUUUUAGUUUAUUGUUUAUUUUUAAUAUUGUUUAUUUUUCUUAGGGUUGUGGUUUGUUUGUCAUUGUCAUAAUACCGACUAUAACACCUGUACAUCAUUCCUUCUGGGACUGUGAUGAACAAACUAUAUCCUAUAAGCAGUAAUUUUAUUGUAAAGAUUUAUUUUUGUUUAUAAUAAAUGAAUUCUGGUUU